AAAUCACAUAGAAGAGGAGAUUAAAACGAGCUCUCCCAAAGCUCUCGUAUUCCUUGUUCCUCUCCUCCCCCUUUCGUUCUUCUUCUGAUCGGUCGCUGUGAUUUCGUUUCUCCACAGCAGGAACUGCAGAGGGCUUCAGAUCGAGAAGAAUGGGGAAAUCUGUGACGCCGGAGGCUAUCUCCGUGCUCCUUUACAACCCUUCUCCCGAUUCUUCUUCCGAGAUUCCAGAGAUCAUCGUGCAAGUCGUUGAUCUCAAACCCAUCGGCAGCAGUUCUACCCGAUUCACAUUUAUGGCUAGUGAUGGGAAGGCCAAGCUCAAGGCGAUGCUUCCGAGUCAUUUUUCUUCAGAAAUCCAUUCAGGAAAUCUUCAGAACCUUGGACUCAUCCAGAUUCUUGAUUACACAUGCAAUGCCAUUCCCAACCAAACCGAGAAGGCUUUAAUUGUGACGAAAUGUGAGGUGGUUUCACCUUCCCUUGAAAUGGAGAUCAAAAGUGAUGUGAAGGAAGUUGAAUCUGGGAUCUUGCUGAAGCCUAAGCAGGAAGCAGUAUCAAAGUCAGCAGCUCAGAUCGUGGACGAGCAACGCAGGAAUUCUGCUCCUUCUGCAAGAAUGGCUAUGACAAGAAGAGUUCACCCUCUUGUUUCCUUGAAUCCUUAUCAAGGCAACUGGACCAUAAAGGUUCGAGUCACAAACAAAGGGAAUUUGAGGUCUUAUAAGAAUGCUAGAGGCGAGGGUCUUGUUUUCAAUAUAGAAUUGACAGAUGAGGAUGGUACUCAGAUACAGGCCACCAUGUUCAAUGAAGCUGCAAGCAAGUUUUAUCCUAAAUUUGAAUUGGGAAAGGUUUACUACAUUUCAAAAGGAUCUCUUAGGGUUGCAAAUAGACAGUUCAGAACUGUGCAAAAUGACUAUGAGAUGACGUUAAAUGAAAACUCUAUAGUUGAAGAGGCAGAUGGAGAAUCUUUCAUACCAGAGACAAAAUAUAACUUUGUCAAGAUUGAUCAAUUGGGGUCAUAUGUUAAUGGCAGGGAGCUUGUAGAUAUAAUUGGUAUUGUUCAGAAUGUUUCACCAACUUUAAGUGUUCGAAGGAAGAGCAACAAUGAACCUAUUCCGAAGCGUGAUAUUACUGUGGCAGAUGAUUCGAACAAAACUGUUACUGUCUCCCUCUGGAAUGAACUUGCUACAAAUGCAGGCCAGGAGUUGCUGGACAUGGCUGACACUACUCCUGUUGUAGCUAUCAAAUGCCUCAAAGUAGGAGAUUUCCAAGGUGUCUCUCUCUCAACUGUAAGCAGAAGCACAGUUCUAAUAAAUCCAGACUUAUCUGAAUCAAAGAAGCUUAGAAGCUGGUAUGAUUCUGAAGGCAAAGGUGUUCCAAUGGCAUCCAUUGGCUCAAACUUUUCAUCGAAGACAGGAUUUAGGUCUCUGUACUCUGAUAGAAUUAUACUCUCUCAUAUUACAAAUGACCCAACCUUGGGUCAGGAUAAGCCUGUGUUUUUCAGCAUAAAAGCGUAUGUAACUUACAUCAAGCCUGAUCAGACGAUGUGGUAUCGGGCUUGCAAGACCUGCAACAAGAAAGUGACUGAAGCUGUUGGUUCUGGUUAUUGGUGUGAAGGGUGCCAGAAAAAUGAUGAUCAGUGCUCUUUAAGGUACAUAAUGGUGGUGAAGGUUUCUGAUCAUUCAGGGGAAGCUUGGCUCUCAGUUUUCAACGAGCAAGCAGAGAAAAUUAUUGGAUUCACUGCUGAUGAGCUGGAUAGGAUUAAAACAGAGGAGGGUGACGAGAAGUAUCAACUCAAACUGAAGGAAGCAACUUGGGUUCAACAUCUUUUCCGAGUUAGUGUGACACAGUCCGAGUACAUGAAUGAGAGGAGGCAGAGGAUAACCAUCCGGUCUCAAGCAACAAUAGAUUUCUCUGCUGAGUCAAGAUAUCUGUUAGAAGAAAUAUCCAAGAUGUCAAUCUCUUAAUCCAACUAAGCUUUACAGACCUGCCUUUUUUGAUUAACAAUCCUCUUUAAUGUAUGGAAGCUGCUGAUUUCUUGAUCGUAUUUUUGGUUGUGAAGCUCAAACAUGGAAUACUCAUUAGUUUUUGCAAGUGAUGUAUCAUAUGUUUCUUCAGAAGUUAAAUCCUUCCCUAUAUUUCUGUAUCACUGUCUUUUUCUCAGUCACUUUGUCUGAAGUGGUGAGGCCUUGGAUCCAUAUAUGUAUUUGAUAUUGUUUUUCCUA